AUGAUGGUUUUUGUCAUGGAGAAAUGGUUCUAUACGCCUAGGGAGUCCUUGCAUUUCUAUGCUGCUCAUGGUCCCCACAACUCAAUGCCAGGAGAGAAGCCUGAACAUAUCCAUGAUUACCAAGCCAAAAUCAGCAUCAAGUACUUAUCCGGAACCUAUCUCUUGGCAAUGUCGGAGAGAUACCUUACAAUUCUCAAAAAUAGGAUAUUGAAGCUCGAUAUCCCAUCCGACGGCUGGACAGAGAUUUCGGACUUUUACAUUUGGCUUCAGAGCCAGGUCACUCCUUCCGUCAUUGAAGCUAUGAUGGGAUCUCAAAUUCUAGAAAUGUAUCCUGGUAUUGUGGACGACUUCUGGGAAUUUGAUCGACAAAUCGCAAAUUACUCCCGUGGAUUGCCUCGCUGGAUGAUUCCGUCUGCGUAUAAAACGCGCGAUCGCUUGUUAGCCAACAUCAAAGCAUGGAACACAAUUGCAAACCGUGAAUCUGACUGUACGCAACACGGAGAAGAGGGCCCUGAGUGGGAUAAAUUCUUCGGAACCAAGUUCAUCAAAGCACGUGAAGAUUCUUUGCGAAAACAUGGUAUGGAUGAUGAUGCGAUUGCAUCUGAGAACCUUGGCCUUCUAUUUGGAUCUAAUGCAAAUGCUGUUCGUGCUGUCUUCUGGUAUAUUUUCGAAUCUUUUAAGGAUUUGGAUUUGCAAGAAGGCCUGAGGAGCGAGCUGAAGGACUGUCUUAAGUCUGAAGCUGGUGACUUUGAUAUUCCAAAGUUCUCUACCAAGCCCUUACUUCAAUCCACGUAUGCAGAAGUAUUGCGUCUUCGCGUCGCAACAACCAUGACUCGCACAAACGAGGAUGAUAAUUUCAAGCUGGGCCCGGAUUACACAGUUGACAAGAAUAUGACGAUGACAAUAUUUUCCUCACUCACGGCUCGUAAUAGACAGGCCUGGGAAAACAUGAGACCUGAGAGCGUGACCAAACCCCUGGAUGAGUUCUGGCCAGAGCGCUUCAUUGUCCAGAAAUCUAACAAAGAUGCAAGAUUCAGUGUUGAAGGCUUGACGGAAUGUUGGAUGCCUUACGGAGGAGGUCAGCGGAUGUGCCCUGGUCGCCAUUUUGCCAAGAACGAAAUCAUCGGUACAUUGGGAUUACUUUUGGAAUUGUUCGAAUGUGAGCUGGUAGAUCUCCGGCAAGCUGAGCAGGUCAAGCCUGACAAAAGAUGGGUGCCUUACGGGACUUUGCCGCCUACCAAGAAAGUGGCUGUGAGACUUCGACGACGUGCAGAGUAG